UGUUUAUAUUUACACACACACACAGACAUGUGUAUAUAUUUUAUAUAUAUCCAUAGCUGGUACAAGGACUCAUCCAUGACUGGAUCUAUAAGCUCUUUAUUGCAGUCAUUUAACUGGCUGAAGUUUGCAGACCUAGCAGUAGAUCAGUGUGCUCCCCCCUCCACACCCAGUUCGAAUCCCGCUCCUUGUAGCUUAGAUUAGAUUAAUUACAUUCUCAGUCGAGAAUCUAAGAUCAUUUGUUGCAUCAAGUUCUUCUAGAGCAUGGUGUAGAGCUUCGUGUACAGAGCUCAACGAUUAUGCUGAUUUCAUUACGAAAUACACCUUAUAUUACACAAAGAAAAUUGAUGCUCUCCAACAAGUUGCUACCACGAUGGGGGCCAAAUAUUGGAGUUUCAACGCUGGUGCUGAUGCUUGCCGAAUUGAUAUGGUGGGUGUAACAGAGAACCAACCAAGGGGAUCCCAGAAAAAUACCGAUUGCGAAUGCAACUUUGAGAACAACACUGUUUGUCAUGUCGUAAAACUAAUGAUCAAGGGUUAUAGUUUGCCAGGUUUGCUUCCACCCCAACUCGUCAAGCUUCCUUACCUCCGAGAAAUUGAUUUUGCUUACAACUAUCUCAAGGGUACAAUACCACGGGAAUGGGCUUCAAUGAAAUUAACUUAUAUUUCUGUUCUUGCCAAUCGCUUAUCAGGUGAAGUUCCAAAGGAGUUGGGAAACAUGACCACUCUGACAUUCCUGAACCUUGAAGCAAACCAGUUUUCUGGUAUUCUUCCUACUGAGCUUGGGCAUUUGGUCGGUUUACAGGCUUUGUUUAUUUCCUCAAAUCAGCUGACUGGAAACUUGCCAGAGACGUUUUCUGAGCUAAGGAGUUUAAGAGAUUUCCGAAUGAAUGAUAACAACUUUAAUGGAACACUCCCGACAUGGGUGCAGAAUUGGAAGCAACUCGAAAGAUUAGAUAUGCAUUCAAGUGGACUGGAGGGACCAAUCCCAUCAAAUAUUUCUUUUUUGUACAAUUUGAAAGAGUUGAGGAUUAGUGACACAAAUGCACCAAGUCAGGGAUUUCCUGUGCUGAGAAAUAUGACGGGCCUAGUAACAUUGAUUUUGAGGAACUGUAACAUUUCUGGAGAGAUCCCUGCAUAUAUCUGGUCCAUGAGGAACCUGGAGAUGUUGGAUGUCAGUUUCAACAACCUAGUGGGCGAACUUCCAUCCACGAUAGGAGCUGAGCGUCUGAAAUUUGUCUUUUUGACUGGCAACCUGCUAAGUGGAAAUGUUCCGAAGUCAAUCUUGCUGAAGGGAAGUAAUGUUGAUUUGUCGUACAAUAACUUCAAGUUGCAAGGCCCUAAGCAACCGGAAUGUCAAGAACACUUGAAUCUAAAUCUGAACUUGUAUCGGAGCUUUUCAAAGGAGGACGACUUAAGGGGAAUGCUUCCCUGCUUGAAGAAUUUUAAGUGCCCACGAUAUUCAAAUUGUAUGCAUAUUAAUUGUGGUGGAAGUGACAUAAUUGUCAAGGACGAGAAUCGCAGGAAUGUCAUGUUUGAAGGAGAUGGAGGAGUUGAAGGUGGUACUGCAAAAUAUUUUAGGAAUGAGAAUAGUAUGUGGGGAUUUAGUAGCACUGGUGACUUCAUGCACGGCUUCGAUCAACAAAAUACACGUUACUCUAUCUCACUGGAGUCUUCAAAUCUCUCUGAAUUAUAUACGACAGCACGCACAUCUCCACUUUCGCUGACAUAUUUCCACUACUGUUUGGAAAAUGGAAUUUACACUAUAACUCUCCACUUUGCGGAAAUCAUAUUCACAAAUGACGAAAAAUACAGUAGCCUUGGGAGGCGUAUUUUUGACAUCCAUGUUCAGGAAAGGUUGGUGUGGAAGGAUUUCAAUAUCGAAGAUGAGGCAGGUAUGGCUCAAAAGAAAUUAGUUAAGCAAGUAUCUAAUGUCAAUGUGACAAGUAAUGUCUUAGAGAUCCGAUUCUAUUGGGCUGGAAAAGGAACAACGGCAAUUCCAGAGAAAGGAAAUUAUGGUCCCCUUAUAUCAGCCAUCUCUGUGGUUUCUGAUUUUAAACCCUGUAAAAAUGGCGGAACUGUGCGGACUAUUUAUAUCAUUGCCGGUGUUGGUGUUGGAGGAUUAUGCCUAACACUCUUCAUGCUGGCAAUCCUUAGGUGGAAAGGAUGUUUGGGAGGAAAAAGAGGGAGACAACAAGAUAUUGUAGGACAAAAUAUGCAGACGAGAACUUUUACUUUAGAACAAAUCAAAGCUGCCAGUAACGACUUUGAUUCUGCAAACAAGAUUGGAGAAGGCGGUUUUGGCCCUGUCUUCAAGGGUCAGUUACCUGAUGGUUCAUUGAUAGCAGUUAAGCAGCUCUCAUCCAAUUCAAAGCAAGGAAAUCGCGAAUUUUUAAAUGAGAUGGGCAUGAUAACUUGUUUACAGCACCCGAAUCUAGUGAAACUGCAUGGAUGCUGCAUUGAAGAGGAUCAAUUAUUGCUGGUGUACGAAUACAUGGAAAACAAUAGUCUUGCACAUGUCUUAUUCGAUCAGGAGAACCAUCAGAUUAAACUGGACUGGCCUACAAGGCUUAAGAUCUGUCUUGGGAUAGCAAGAGGUUUAGCUUUUCUGCAUGAAGAAUCAAGAAUCAAGAUUGUUCACAGAGACAUAAAAGCUACCAAUGUACUGCUGGAUGCGGAUAUUAACCCAAAAAUAUCCGACUUUGGAUUGGCUAAACUUUAUGAAGAGGAGAAAACACACAUUAGCACCAAAGUUGCAGGAACAAUAGGAUAUAUGGCACCAGAAUAUGCGUUAUGGGGUCACUUGACCUACAAAGCAGAUGUUUACAGUUUCGGAGUUGUUGCCUUGGAAAUUGCCAGUGGGAAGAAGAACAGCCAUGUCCCAAAUAUAACUUGCCUCUCUCUCCUGGACUGGGCCUAUCAGUUGCAACGAACUGGAAAAUUGAAGGAGCUGAUUGAUGAGAACUUAGGGACUGAAGUCAACGACAAAGAAGCAGAAGUUGUGGUUAAAGUCGGUCUGCUGUGCACAAAUGCGUCUGCGUCGCUUAGGCCUACCAUGUCCGAGGUGGUGAGCAUGCUCGAAGGACAAACAGAAGUCCCAGACAUUAUCCCAGAAGCGAGUACUUAUACUGAAGAUUUGAGGUUCAAGUCCUUGAGAGAUGUACAUCAUCAAAGCCAAACACAGAGUUUGAGUGGCAGUCAGUCUCAGAAUUCGGCAAAUGCUAAUACAUUUUGUUCGUCCUCUUCAUCACAUCAGGCCAUGACUUGAGUUAAAUCCGACUUCCUAAAAUGGCUAUAGUUUCUAAAUUUAAAAGUUUUUUUGUACUAAACAAAAAUCCGACCUCCUCUACCAAUUGCUCCGUCUCUAUUUUUCAAAUCAACAUUGCUCAAUGAAAAGUUCUUGAUUUUCGGCUUUUGACAGCUCAGCAAUGAUCAUCAACUCGACUUUACUAGAAAUUUUAUCAUACUCCAGUGGUUUUUAACCGUUAGAUCAUUGGUUAAAAUGUUGUGAUUUACGGCUCAAAAUUAAAAUGUCCGAUACGAUCUGGAAGUGGCUAUUGAUCGUAUAGAAGCAGAAAAGAAACAUUUGAAGAGUUCUGGUACCAUGGCGACCAAUUGUAGGUGGCAACCGAUCAAUCGGUGACGGGCAGAGAAAUCCUCUUGCAUUUCAUGUUUAGUUAUUGUGUCUUAUAGGGAUGAGUUUCGCACUUCUUGGUUGAAUACUUGAAUUCUUUGCAUGGCGGAGAAAUUUUGAUAAUUUAUUUAUUCCAACUAGGGUUAGGAUUUUCAUUGUAACUUAAGUCCUAUGCACUAUAAAUAGGACCUUAAGGUUGAUUUAUUUUUAGUGUUACCUUUGAAUGCUAUCUUCAUAUGAGAUGAACUCGUAUAAAAAUUAGAGUAAUGUUAUUCAUAUCAUGUUUUUGUA